AUUGUACAAUUUCGUACAUGCGCAGGUGUAGCGUAUAUCAAAUGCGAUAAUCAUAUUUUUUUGAAAGUUAUAACUGAUCAUGUUAACAUACGUAUAAUAACUUAAAUGUUCGGAUAAUACUAGUAACUACAAUAUUUAUUGCAAUGGUACUGAUUUAUUUACAAAUAACAUGUAGAAAACUGUGCUCGUAAAUUGUGUCUAGUGAAUCACCGUAAGGGAUAUUAUCUUAUAUUAUACUUUCAUCAAACAAAAUAACGACCACAUGCUAUAAUGAGAAAAUGACAAAUAUGCAUCAUUCAACGCGCCCUUUCAUCCGCAGUGAAAAAAUGUUUUAUGAAGAUCACAGCUGGGGAUGAUGAUAUAUUUCUCUUUGUGCUGUAUAUUUAAACUUUUAUUAACGUAGAUAUACAUGGAUUUAACAAUUUUAGAGAUAUGAAGAGCUGAAAGUAUCAUGAAGACUAUAAACUACGCAGUGUUUUUCUCCACAUAUCUUCUCAUCCAACAACACGUGUUUUCUUUGUCACAUGAACCUUUUCUAUUCACACCCGGAAGUUCGUCAAUCUUGGUAUUCCUUGACCUUCAUCGUAGUUAUUAUGACGGCUCGUGUGCUGAUCCAGAUUGGAAUGUCUUUGAAUUGGCGCAAAGUCUGCACUGGAAGUCAAACCAGGAAAACGUAACAGGGAUAGAAAUAUAUGAUACAUGCCGCUAUCAAAGACGGGUUCAAGACAUUAUUCGUCAAAGACUGGUGCCCGAAAAUUGCCUUAAACAACCACUUCCUCCUGUAUCAGGGGUUAUUUCACAGUCAUCCCAAGUCAUCAAUGAUAUAAUCAGACACAGUUUCGACUUAGUUCAUGUUGUCAUUGACAACGGUGCUGUGGUUACAGAAGAUAGGGGAGAAACCGAUGGACAGUUUUAUAUUGAGCUUGCAUCCAAAUAUAAUAUUGAGAUACUGGCACACAUUCUGAAAUCACUGAAUUGGACAUAUGUAACGACUUUGUCAGACAGUCACUCACAAUCUCAAGUUGAACAUGAAAUGUUUACCGGUAUGGCAGACGAUAUUAACAUAUGUAUCCAGACCUCACAACUAGCAACGAACCUACCAAUGGCCGGUAUACUUAAUCCUAAAACAAACGGUGUUGUUAUCUUUACCAAUGACAUGAACAAUCUGAAAACCAUGAUGCAAAAAUUACCGAAAUCCUCGCCCGUUGUCAUAGUUACGCAUGAUAGAAGAACUAGUGAAUUAAGUUUUGUCCAUGAAGGGAUUGUUUUGUCUGAUGCCUUUCUCUACAAUGUACAAUUUACUGAGUACAUGACUACAGUUUUGUGGAACCAGACAGCACUUGAUGACCUUUCUAUUGAUUACUAUGUUUCCCAUCACAAUUGCUCUUUCAAGAAUCAGUCUGCUCCAGAUCUUAUAUCAUGCGAAAAUAUAAAAGAAAUGGAAUCAUAUUUUAGAAGUGUUUCAUCAACAAGACUGAUGCAUGUGUAUCAGGAAGCUUUCACAUUUAUUGCAAAUAUUGGAAACAAGAUGGCGGAACAUAACUGUACAAACUUCAACACAAGUUGUGUUCCUUUGAUAGACAUAGAUGCAAUGUCCUCCUAUUUCAAGGCCGGCUACAAUCAGACACUGGUUCCCAGACUCCCUUUUAGUACAUCUAUUUCCUUGUUAACGGCAGGAACUGUGCAAAAGAGUGACGUUUAUUCAACAACAGAUUUUACUGACUUCACAUCAUUUGUAAGCAACUUCACAGACAAUGCUUCAUUUCCUUCAAGUACCUGUACAGAAUGGUGCCCAUCUUGCCAACAAUCAACAUGUAGCACGCAUUCUAAUACAAUGAAUUUUAAAGGAGAUUAUUUUUAUGUUCCUGGAGAUAUUAUAAUAACAGGAAUGUUACCAUUUUCACAGCAGUGGAAUAAAGUGCCGUCAACAGGAAAUGUGUGUUCGGGAAUGAGACUUGAUAGUAAUUUAGAUACUCUGUCGGAAGCAUUCCUGUACGCUGUAAUGUCUGUACAUGACCGAUUUUCGGACCUGUUACAAAAUGUAGAAAUAGGUGCGCUUUUGCUUGAUACCUGCAGUGAUAGCGAUAGAGCAUCCCAGAUUUUGUUAAAUUUUGAAUCCUGCAUGUACAAUUUUAAAACCGAAGGUAACAACUGGAAACCGUCUCCUGCUAUAGUUCCAGCUUAUAUUGUAGUUGGAAAUAAUGAGAAAUUCAUUGGUGAAUCGAAAGCAGUUGGAAAAUUGGCUUUAGGAAUACAGUAUCAAGGAGACUUGUAUAGAAAUGAAAGAAAGAUUUUUGAUAGUUCUUCUUUUAACUUCGAAAUUCUUGCAAACUUUCUGCAUACCAUGAAUUUAUCUUAUGUUGGUUUAGUGACGUCUUUUGCGCCUGAUGACGUUAAUAUAAUCAAUUUGUAUGAAACGGCAAAAUCUAAAAACAUAUGUAUAGCUUAUAAUGCGGAUAUUUUACCCGAGAACACUGAUCUACUCAAUGCUGUCAGGAAAUCUACCGCUGAAGUUGUCAUCAUAUAUGCCAGAUCUGCAGACGUUGCAAAUUUCUUCAGGAUGCUUACCACUAAAAGUAUUAUCAAAACAUGGAUCCUGAUUGAGACUCGUGAAAACUGGCUCGAUACCUCAGCGUUUCCACUACCCCUUGGUUCAGUUAUAUUUAGGCCAUAUGGACAACAAAAUUCAUACUUUAACGAGCAUAUGAAUAAUCUUUUAAAUAACCAACAGAACAAUAUCACUACAAAUAACCCCUGGAUUGAUAGUUACAGACAAGCAAGGUCUGACGAUAAUAUACAAAUAAAGCCUUUCACUACAGAUAUAACAACACGUAUGCAAGCGUCUGAUGUGAUUAGAUCAGUGGACAUUUCUCUGGAGGCUAUUGCUCAAGCAUUGAAGUCGGUUUGUGGUAAUGAAACGAGGGGAUUGUGUCCAAAAUUUGUAUCUAAAGGUGGAGAAGAAGUUCUGCGAGCGCUUGAUCAACUUUGGUUCAUAAAUAAAUCCAGUGAGCUGUUGUACCCAUCAAACCCUAAACACCAACAUUACGUGAUCAAAAAUCUGCAGCAGGAAGGGCUAGUUGAGGUUGGAAAUUGGAGUGAGCGGGGAUUAACACUGGAAUCAACAAAGCUUCGGUCAUAUGACAGCAAGUUUAAUCAGCUACCAGAAUUCAGAAAGUCUUAUUGCUUCGUAACACCUUGUUCCUGCUUUAAUAUUAACACGACGGCAAACGAGUCCGAAACGGCCAAAAUAACAAGGCUCGAUUAUGAGAUGGGUUUUAAGAACUCGUCUGCUAAAUUCCAAAAGGAUUUGUGGGUACUGAUAGUAGUGAUUAUUUCGGGAACCGGAAGUCUGUUGACACUACUACUAAUGAUCUAUAUUAUGUGUAAAGUUUGCUCAGGUGCACUUGUUCGGAGGUACCUAGCCCUCGGAAUUCUUUUGCUCAUUGCAAUGAUAUUGUUAUUUUUAUCAGUACUGCCGUUUUUGUUUUCACCAAGUGAAAGCGUUUGCGGAAUGAGAUAUUUUGCUCACGGAUUUUCAUACGCAUUUUGCUUUGGAAUUAUAUUGACAAAGAUGAUGACUCUUCGUAAUUACAAAUAUAUCGGCCUUGGUGGAGAAAUAUCUCGAAUAAAUCAGAUGUUGACGGUGUUCUUCAUUACAUCAGUGCAAGUUGCUGUAGGGGUACAGUGGUGGGUUCUAAGGACACCAGUUGUUUUCACUGAACGUGUUCUUGAGGCGGGCGAAAACGAUGCUUUACGAGAAACAACUUACUACGCAUGUGAUUUUGUCAGAAAGGAUUUCGUUGCGUAUCAUUCAUAUGUGAUUGUUCUACUGGUUCUUUGUUGCUUUUAUUCUCUAAGUGUUAGAAAAGAAACAAAGAACAUGAAAGAAGCAAGGUUAUUGCUUAUUUGUACUUGGUUUUGUUUAGUGCUGUGGAUUGGAAUCAUUGUGACAAUUAUGGUGUUAGAUAGGAAGUAUUUGGAAGCUAUCUGUGCUAUAGGUAUCCUCGGUAACGCACUCUCAAUGGUUGUAUUUAUUUACUUACCAAAGCUUACAGCCAUCUCGCGUCUGAAGUAUGAAGUUUCAGAACAAAAUGCACACAAAGAGAAUGGAUACAAAGUUGAUUCCGAUUUUCAUUUUGAAAGACCCUAUUCUCUGCCAGGUACACUGCACAGUUCGAUCACUGAUAAAGCUCUCACAUACCCACGUAGCCUUGCCACGUUUGACACCAGUCUUAGCUAUUGAGAGUUCCAAUCACAAUCUUGUUAUACAUUUGUCAAAUCUUCCGAAAGCAGUGAUAUUAUUUGAACACCUUUGCAAAUCUAUAUUCAAGAUAUCUCAUAUGAAAACAGUACUCUUGGAUAUGUCUCUAUGCAAGUUUUCUUCUAAUCUUUAACUUGCUGAAAUUUUGUAAUGGAUUUGUCCUGCUUUGAAUUUGGAACAGUCCAUUCUAAAUUAAAGGGAAUUCAAGACUUAAUUAAGCUACCUAGAGUAUAGAGUCUGGUCAGACUGCAUGGUGUGCUUACAGGCCUAACUCUAUACUGGUGAAAAAGGCAAAUCACUUUUGGUUCCAGCAGAUAAGGGUCAUUGUAAAGGUCACAUCAGCUGUAUACAUUUGUAUUUACUUGUAGCUUAACACAAAUUUGAAUGAAUUCCUUCAGUAACAAAAAAAGUAUGAUUCAGAUUAUAUAAAUGGAAACUUUAAGAAACAAAAACUUGAGCCCUUUUUGAUUGUGAACACAGUUGAUUUGAACAUUACUUUGGUGAUAUAUACCAUAUUAAAGCAACUGGGAUGUUCGAUUUAUAUCAUCAUAUGCCUUUGUUUUGGAGUCUUUGUAAAUGCUACAUCAUUCCAUAAUUUUAUUGUUGAUUUUGUUGUUGUUUUUACUAACAUUGAUAUUAUAAUAGUUUAGUAAUCAAGUUUUAGAUUAAUCACUGAAAUCCACUGCUAUUGUUUCAAAAAAAAAUCUAUUCCAGAUAUAAUGUAUUCAUUUUAUAACAAUUAUUAUUGUUAAAUAUAUAUAUACUUUCACAUUAUUAAAAAUGAUAGAGAACUUUA